AUGUCAAUCAAGGUUUUUAUUCUUGUCUACAGUGGUGAUCCACUCGACUACACCAAGUUUCGCCAUACGGCUUUACACUUCGAAUUUCCGAAUGGGUCUACAUGUGCGAUGCAUAUAGUAGGCUCACCUGGAAUUUUCAGAUUCCAGCCAAAGGACGAUUACAACCCAGAACAAAGUCGACAACUUGUUUGCAGAAUUCCGGUGGCGCAUCUGCAAGACUGGAUCACCGAAGACACUGUCAGAGGUCUCAUUACAAGAACCCCAGUGAAGAAUGGGGAAAUGGAUUGGAAUUGCCAAAAUUGGGUGGGUGAUGCCCUUGCCAGGAUGGUGAGCAGUGGGUAUUUGACUGCGGCUCAGCGAGCAUCAGCCAUUGAUUUGAUGACCGAUGCAUGCCUGGAAGCGCAGGAUGAGUAA